CUAUGAGUCCUACUACUGCAUGAGCCAGCAGCACCCGCUCAUCGUCUUCCUGCUGCUCAUCGUCAUGGGCGCCUGCCUCGCCCUGCUCGCCGUCUUCUUCGCGCUCCGGCUGGAAGUUGAAGACCACGUGGCAUUUUUAAUAACGGUCCCGACAGCCCUGGCGAUUUUCUUUGCGAUAUUCGUCCUCGUCUGCAUCGAGUCCGUGUUUAAGAAGCUGCUCCGCCUUUUCUCCUUGGUGAUAUGGAUAUGUCUCGUGGCCAUGGGGUACCUGUUCAUGUGCUUUGGAGGCACCGUCUCCCCCUGGGACCAGGUAUCGUUCUUCCUCUUCAUCAUCUUUGUGGUGUACACCAUGCUGCCCUUCAACAUGCGAGACGCCAUCAUUGCCAGCGUGCUCACCUCCUCCUCCCACACCAUCGUGCUGAGCGUCUGCCUGUCGGCCACGCCAGGGACCAAGGAGCACCUGGUCUGGCAGAUCCUGGCUAAUGUGAUCAUUUUCAUCUGUGGGAACCUGGCGGGAGCCUACCACAAGCAUCUCAUGGAGCUUGCCCUGCAGCAGACCUAUCAGGACACGUGCAACUGUAUCAAGUCUCGGAUCAAACUGGAAUUUGAAAAGCGUCAGCAGACUGAAGAAGAGUGA